ACGCUGCGAAUUAAACCCAGUUCUGAUUAAGAAUCCGCCAUGCAUUUACAAGAACUCGUCUUAAUAGUAAUUUCGCUCAUCCCUUUAAGCGCUGCCAAAAGCGAAUUCGUUGCAGUUUCUACGACCGCCUCCCCCCCUCCUCGCCAACGAAAAAGCCGCCAAGAGCACGACAACUACUACGAUAAACAAGACACUUGCUCGGCUUUAACCAAAAACACGUACUUGCUGGAAAUAAUCAAGCUCCAGAAUGCCCAAAUCGGCGCCAAUCUGGAAAAACAAACCCAAUUUCAGCAGGACGCCAUCAAUUCCAGCAUCGCAGAGUUGCAAAAAAUUAACACUUACGUCAUGACGGAGACGCAGAGGGAGCUGGAAGAGGCGAAACGGGAAAUCGUUGCUAAUGUUAUAACUUUGUUGACGAAUCAUCUGAGCAAUGUGUGCAAUCUCAACCAGCUGAGAUAUACUCAGGUGUUCAUAAUAAGCGAAAUCCAGCGCAUUCUGCAGGAGAAGUUAGAAACCAGUGCAGCUAAAUUUGAAGAAACGAAGCAAACAAUAGUGGGACGUUUGGAGGGGUUUGAGGCACGAGCGACUGGAAUCGAAGGCAAAAUUUUUGAUCUGGAAAAAAUUUUGGGAGAGACUAGAACAGACAUUUUGGGGAAAAUUCAAGCAAUGUUGGACCGAAUUCAACAACCAAGCUCGCACAUAGAAGAUCUACGACAAGAGAUUGUUGAAAGUCGAGAAUUGUUGAAAAAAGUUAUAAGGGUGCCCAGAAAUUGUAGAGAGGUUCAAAGUCUGGGGAAUAACGUGUCUGGGAUAUAUUAUAUCCAGCCGGAUUUAGCCCCCCAUCUCUUUAGGGUGUUCUGCGAUAUGAAAACCCAAGGGGGUGGUUGGGUCUACGUGAUGAACCGGUUCGAUGGGUCGCAAAAUUUUUUCCUCAACUGGACUGACUACAAAAACGGGUUUGGUAACCCAAACGGGGAGUUCUGGUUGGGUUUGGAGCACGUCUACGAACUAACAGGUGACAAUCCUGGAGAGCUUUUGGUGGAAUUGGUGGACUGGGACAACAAAACUGCCCAUGCUCGGUACUCGUCCUUCGGUAUCGGGUCGGAGAAGGAAAAGUACGUUUUGAAGCUUCUGGGUGGUUAUGGGGGUGACGCUCCGGACUCUCUUAGUUACCAUUUGAAUAUGAAUUUCAGCACCGUUGAUCGUAGUCAAAAUAAAGGAGGAUACUGUGCGAAUUAUUUCAAGGGGAGUUGGUGGUACAAGGAUUGCUUCACGGUCCAUCUCACUGGUACUUAUUUGAAAGGUGAUGCCUCCAGAAAAGCCAAGUUGAUGGGAAUCCACUGGAACGGCUUUAGGGACUCUAACUAUAGUUAUAGUCUCAAGCAAGUGAGAAUGAUGGUCCGGCCACAGAGUGGGGGUAGUGCGCUGUUGCCACAUGAGAAGACAAACUAAUUCCUAAUUAAUUGUACAUUUAUUAAUUGUUUUGGAUUACAACACGAUAAAGACUAAUCUGGGUUUUUCUGUGAUAUAAAUAACAACUUGACUGUGUUUGUUAUCACAUAUUCGAAGCAUAAACAUGUUUCAAGACGUUUUGUUUUUCUUGUGCUUUUUCGUGAAUGUUGCAAAUUUUGAGGAAGUAGAUCAGAUUCAAUUUUAUUCCGUUUCGACCACCCAGAGCCCUCACUCACCACAAGAUGACAACAAUUUUUUGAAAAAACAGCUCGAACUUUGCUUAAAAAUUAAAGAAACUGAAAGUCGCUUGUCGACUGUGGAACAGCUGCUUCACACACAGAAAAUUGCUGCCGACGAAAAAAACAGAAGUGAAACUCUGAUUACAAACCUCGCAAAAACUGAACAAUUACUGGAAAACCAUCAGAAACGUAUUCAAGAACUGACCGAAGAAGUACGUUCCAAAGAUCUAAAAAUAACUGCUUUAGAAAAAUCCUUAGACGAUCGGAGGUUGGUCAAAAAUUGUAAGGAAAUCCAAGAACAAGGAAACCACGCAUCCGGGGUUUAUCGUGUUCGGCCAAAAUUGGAAGCUUUUGAUGUAUUCUGUGAUAUGGAGACAAGAGGGGGCGGAUGGACUGUGUUCCAGAGGAGAGUAGAUGGUUCUCAGGAUUUUAACUUGACUUGGACUGAGUAUAAGGAAGGAUUUGGUAACCUGAGAAGAGAAUUUUGGUUAGGGUUAGAACAUUUGCAUCAACUAACGGCUUCUGGAAGUAAUCAACUUUUGGUAGAGCUGGUCGAUCGAAACUUUAGCAAAGCUUACGCUCUUUAUGACCGUUUUAACAUUGCUGGGGAAGGAAAAAGCUAUAAGUUGGGAGCAGUGACUAACUAUCGGGGUACGGCUGGAGAUUCCUUGUCGUAUCACAAUGAUCAAUCAUUUUCUACAAGAGAGAAAGACACGUGUGCGGCUCAUCAUGUUUGUUGUUUAUAGGGGGUGGUUGGUGGUUCCAUAGUUGCCUUUAUAGUAAUUUGAACGGGGUAUACUUUAAAGGUGGGGUAAAUUCUGGAAGAGCCCAAGGCAUAAAUUGGUAUACUUUCAGUACGGAUGGAUUUAGUCUUUUGGAGUCGAAAAUGAUGAUUAGGCCACCACAAUAGAGUUGAUCGUGGUUUACAAAUUACCAGUUGUGCUAUUAUUCAUGUUUCUAUUAUUACGAUGUCAAUAAAAAUACAAAAAAUUGGUGCAAA